AAAAAUGGUGUAAAACGUAAAAUUCCUGGUAACGUUUGGUAAACUUUGCAAACUUCGUACUGAAAAAAUUCGACACGUAGCCCGUAAACGGAAAGAAAAUCACACAUUGCAAUGAAGGAGUAUAAUAAUUUUCAAGGCCAUUUACUUUAAUAAAACGUUGAAAUAAUUGAGAAGAAAACAGUGUGUUCUGUGUUUGAGUUCUCUUAAGUUGUAUUUUUUUAAUCUCAGUGUCAAUUUGUUUCGUGACAAGUGCUUUGCGGUAUCAGACGGACGCAAUUUGACGCCAUGAUGGAAGGUAUAUGUGAAACUAAUGAUAUCCUAAACAAUGGACCUACAAAAAAGGCGAAUACAUCAGACCCAAUUGAUUUAUCUGAUAAGUCAUUGCAAGUGGAUAUAUCAGAUGCCCUUAGCGAGAAGGAUAAAGUUAAAUUUACAGUGCAUACAAAAACAACAUUACCCGAAUUUCAAAAGGAAGAAUUUUUAGUUGUUAGACAACAUGAAGAAUUCGUCUGGCUUCAUGAUCGAUUUGAGGAAAACGAGGAAUAUGCAGGAUACAUUAUUCCUCCAUGUCCGCCUAGACCGGAUUUUGACGCUUCUCGUGAAAAAUUACAAAAACUCGGUGAGGGCGAAGGAAGUAUGACAAAAGAAGAAUUCUCUAAAAUGAAACAAGAAUUAGAGGCAGAAUAUUUAGCGACAUUCAAGAAAACAGUAGCGAUGCACGAAAUGUUUUUAACAAGACUGGCACAUCAUCCCGUUUUCCGAAACAAUAACAAUUUAAGAGUAUUUUUAGAAUAUGAUCAAGAUCUUUGCGUCAGAGGUAAAAAUAAAAUGGAAAUGUUUGGUGGAUUAGUAAAAUCAUUAUCGAAAACAACAGAUGAAUAUUAUUUGUCUGCAACUGUAAAAGAUGUUAAUGAUUUUUUCGAUCAGGAAAUGACAUUUCUUCAUCAAUAUAAUAAUAAUUUGAAAGAAGCAACGAGUCGUGCUGAUCGACAAACAAUGAAGCACAAAGAUGUUGCCGAUUCUUACAUAAAAAUUUCGACAAAUCUUCUUCAAUUGGCCACGUCAGAUUCGGGAAAACUUGAAAGGUUUUUAACGAAAGUUGCAGAAACUUUUGAAAAAAUAAGGAAAGUCGAUGGUCGUGUUGCUUCCGAUGAAGAUUUGAAAUUGUCUGAUACUUUACGUUACUAUAUGAGAGAUUCAGCUGCUGCGAAAAGAUUAUUAUUUAGACGAUUGAAAGCGUUACAUGCCUACGAAACGGCAAAUAGGGCUUUGGAUAAAGCUCGUGCUAAAAAUAAAGACGUCCAUGCCGCACUGGAGGUCGCAGAGGCUGAAACAACACAAACUGAAGCUUGUGAAAAGUUUGAACAAAUGUCAGAAAAAGGAAAAGAAGAAUUAACGGAUUUUAAAACUAGAAGAGUUGCUGCCUUUAAAAAAAGUCUCAUCGAAUUAACAGAAUUAGAAAUCAAACACGCGAAGGCACAUGCUGAAUUGCUCAAAAAGUGUCUCUCUAAUCUUAAGGAAGAAUGAUUUCAACGAUCAUUAUUGCCACAUUAUAUAAAACGCGCAGAGCGUAUUUUUUAAAUGAAAAAAAAAAAUGCGAUGUAUUUAACGUAUAUUAAAAAAAAAUUCCUUUUUUUGUAUAUUAUUAUAUUAUAUUAUAAUAUAUUAUAUUAUAUGAUA